AUGGCAACGGCUGAGGCUGGUAUACCUGACGACUUCCCCCGAUGCCACCCCGCCUUAAAGGAAGCCAUAUUUAUCGGCAUGCUGGGCGGACCUGGAUCCGGCAAGGGAACUCAAUGUCAGAUGAUUUCGCAGAGAUUCGACCUCGCCCAUAUCAGCAUUGGAGAUGUGUUGCGGCAGAUCAAUCGCCCAGGCAGUCAGCAUGCAGACGUCAUCCGCGAAAACAUGAUUGCUGGCAGGGUCGGCCCAAAGGAACUCACCAUCGCUAUCUUGAGAGAGCAUAUACUGAGAAGCGUUGCGCAUGGAACGCGCGCUUUCAUUCUUGACGGCUUCCCACGCAACAAGGAGCAGUGUGACUACUUCGAGCAAUCUAUUAGUUCAAUUGCGCUUCUAAUCGUUCUCGACUGCCCAGAGUUCACAAUGAUAGAGCGUCUCACGCUAUCUGACCGCAAUCGGUUUGACGACAACCAAGAUAAUAUCAGAAGACACAUUGAAACGUUCCAGAAAACGACAUAUGAGGUGAUUGAUAGUUUCCGAAGCCGAAAUAAAGUCCACAGUAUCAACUCGAACCAGGAACCCGACGCCGUAGGACUUCAGCUGGGAGCCAUUCUAGAUGGUCUUGUCAGUAAGCGAACAGGUGCGUAUUUGAAUAUUUGCGGCUUUGCGAGCAUGAUGAUUUUGGGCUUACAUUCAGAGCAGCUUCGGGGCUAA